AUGGCAGAAAUUUCAGGCUUGAGUCUAAUCCAUCCAGGCGACGAAUUUGGGAGUCAAGCCCAUGGUAUCGCCGAUAUAGUGUUCGUACACGGACUUGGAGGCGCGACCACUGCUAGGUCUUGGGACAAUGAGAAGGGACCAGAAAGGCUCUGGCUGUAUGAUCUUCUUCCUAAAAGCUUACCCACCGCCAGAAUUUUCAAUUUUGUCUACCAAAGCGACGCAAUUUCUCUUGUCAACUCGAGAGGAUCUAUCAUCUCAACGUAUGCUGAAAGCUUGCUCGAAUCUCUCACAGCCUUUCGAGACCCACACCAAGAGGCUCCAUUGCGACCUAUAGUAUUCGUUGCCCAUAGUUUUGGGGGUCUUGUCGUUCAGAAAGCCUUGAUUACCGCGUCAACAGGGACUCGAGCCGAUUUCUUCUCCAUCAAGCGUUCUACUGCUGCAAUACUCUUCUUUGCUACACCUUAUCAUACAGAUCACAAGGGUAUCUUCAACAUGCUCCGGUAUUUCUCGGGUUUGAAAAAAAUUCAGGGAACCAGUGAAGGUUUUGUAUGCGAAUCUCAAUUUCAGCACAAUCUAGAAGAUGCGUCUGCACAGCUGAGACAAGUUCAAGAGGACUUUGAGCACCUCCGGCUUCAGCAGUCCUUUAAACUCAACAGUUAUUCCUUUUUUGAGGAGUUACCUGUCGCGAACUUUGGAAUAGUGAUUGACGGUACAUCGUCAUUGAAUAGUUCUUCUAAUAGCGCUCUGCUUCAUUCAAAUCAUCAAGCAAGAUCCAGAGCUCUCCGAAUGUUCACAAGUGUUGGUGAACCAAACUUCAAGCGAGUGCUAGCAAGACUCAAAAUAAUCCUCAACCCAAGCUCAGAGUGCGUACUGAACUUGCAAAAACAUCAGCAAGAAAUACUUCGUUGGCUGGCAACACAAAGGUCACAAAUUGCGAUCUCCGCAGCUCCCGGAUCCGGCAAGUGGCUUUUGGAAAAUCAAGAGUUCAGGUCAUGGCUAUCGAGUGACCAAAAUUCUGUAUUGUGGAUCGAAGGAAACCCUGGUGCUGGCAAAUCAACACUCGCUGCCAACUUUAUCAAAGAUUUCAAAAACCACUCUUUGGAAGACCGGCCCACGAUUUUCCUCGAUCAUUUUUUUCAUUACGGAUCCCCUGAUACUUCCGCGAAUGACCUCCUGCGCUCUUUGAUCUUUCAAAUCAUGUCAAAAGAUUCGAGUCCCUUGGCAGAUCUGAUUUAUUUGCUUGACCAGAAGCGAAAUCAUCAUCACAAAGUCGAAGAGCCCCGCAAUAGCUAG